UGAAAAGUUACAAUUACAAAUUAAAAAACAGAACAGCAAAUAACAAGAUGGGGAGUUGCUUGUUCCGAGGAGUAGCAGGGGACGUCGCCGGAAACGGCGGCGGCAUUAAGGUGAUAACCUCCACCAACGGCGUCAUGGAGUUUUUCGCGCCAAUCACGGUGGAGUCCAUCGCCGACGAGUUUCCCGGCCACGGCAUCUUCAGGAGGCACGACCUUUUCUGGAAUCCCCUGCCCCACCACGAACUCCUCCUUGCCGGAAACUCCUAUUACCUCCUCCCACUCGACAAGAACUGCAGCAGUCGGAGAAUGAGCGCCGUUGAGUCCACGCCGGCGCCGGCGUUCGAGAUCGGACACGUCAGAUCCAACAGCGCGCCUCACAUUCAGCCGCUCUCUGUUGCCACGUACAGAAUGUCGUUCGACAGCCGCCGGGGAAUACUACUCAAGAAAUCUUCCACCGGCGGCGCGCCGUCAUUGUCCGGCGGGAAAGGAAACGAUUCCGGGCUUGGGUACGGUGGUGGGUUUUGGAAAGUGAAGCUAGUCAUCAGCCCGAAACGGCUGAUGGAGAUUCUGUCGCACGAGGCCGCCACAGAGGAGCUGAUCGACAGCGUGAGGACCGUGGCGAAGUGCGGGAAGGGCGGCGGUGCCGCCGGAGUUUCAUCGGUGGCGUUUUCCGAUCAGUGGAGUCUCUCCAGCAGUAGAAAUGCUUCGUCCAAGAAAGAUGGGAUCCUGUCGGGAUGACCGAAACAGGGCUAUGAAUUUGGGUUGACUAAUGAUGUAGAUGGAGUCAAAAUUGGUUGUGUAAUAUAGUCCGUACAUAGUUGCAUGUUCUCAUUCCACCCUGUCUUUGAUCAUCAUCCCAUGGCUGUGGAGUUAGUCUACUUUGAGUUAUACACCAUAUUUAUCCUUUGAACAACUCCAUCAGACAAAAGACAAAAUUAUGGUUCGUCUCAUUUUUUGGGAAUAAUGGUAAAAAUAUAUUACCUGAGAUAAAAGUUUAGUGCAUCACAGUCAGGGGCAUACCCCCUCUUGCUUUCACCAUAAACACAUAAAGAUCAAUAGUACUAUUAACGUAUUAUUUUAGGAUCAAUAUUGCUGUAAUUAAUUAUUUGUAGCUGAUUUAGUGAUUAGCAAUCCCUGAUUGUAGUUGAUUGAUUGCAAUCCUUAUUUGUAUAUUUAGUUUCCAUAAUUAGCUUUGAGAAUCAUGUAUAUAACCUAUGUUAUUGUGAAAUAGAGAAUCAUCAGUUUCUUC